CGACGGGAGGGUGACGGCGCCUGCGCACUGCGAUUCGUUGAGGGUCGUGGGCCGGCGCCAUUUUGGCCCCAGAGGUGCUUCUGGGAAGUUGCGUGCGGGUCUUCACUUUGCGGGCCUGUGAGGUACGGCCCUUUUUGAUAGCUGGGGUUUCCAGGUCGAGGCGUCUGCGCCCGUCGCUGCCGACCUCUCCGGACUCUCGGACGGGCCAGGGGCGCUACGCCGCCGAGGGAGGUCACUCGCCAGGAAGGACGCGACGGGGGCGGCGCGUGGCGCGGACACUCCCCGCCGAGAGCCCGCCCGCCAUGGACUCGGAGUACUACAGCGGCGACCAGUCAGAUGAUGGUGGUGCUACUCCAGUCCAGGACGAGCGGGAUUCGGGGUCAGAUGGUGAGGAUGAUGUAAACGAUCAGCCCUCCGGAUCCGACACUGGAAGUAUAGACCAGCAUUCAGAGAAUGAAACUAGUGACAGAGAAGAUGACUUGAAUAAGAGACAGAAUGGAACAGACUCUGAGGAUGAGCCCUACAAACUUAAUGCCAGUGACUCUGAGAGUGAGGAACUUCACAGGACAAAGGAUAGUGACUCUGAAUCUGAGGAACAUGCAGAGUCUCCUGCCAGUGAUUCUGAAAAUGAAGAUGUCAACCAGCAUGGGAGCGACUCUGAAAAUGAAGAGCUUCUUAAUGGGCAUGCAAGUGACUCAGAAAAGGAAGAGAUUAGAAAGCGAGCUGCCAGUGACUCUGAUGCUGAGGACACUCUGCAGCCUCAGGGCAGCGAGUCUGACAGUGAGGAUCCCCCAAGGCCCCAGGCCAGUGACUCAGAAACUGAGGAGCCUCCCAAACCUCGAAUAAGUGAUUCAGAAAGUGAGGAGCUCCCCAAACCUCGAAUCAGUGACUCGGAAAGUGAGGAGCCUCCAAGGCCACAGGCUAGUGACUCGGAAAGCGAGGAGCUCCCCAAACCUCGAGUCAGUGACUCGGAAAGCGAGGAGCCUCCAAGGCCACAGGCCAGUGACUCGGAAAGUGAGGAGCUCCCCAAACCCCGAGUUAGUGACUCGGAAAGCGAGGAGCCUCCAAGGCCACAGGCCAGUGACUCGGAAAGUGAGGAGCUCCCCAAACCUCGAGUCAGUGACUCGGAAAGUGAGGAGCCUCAGAAAGGACCUGCUAGUGAUUCAGAAGCUGAGGAUGCCUCCAGACACAAAGACAAACCAGAGUCAGAUGAUAGUGAUGGAGAGAAUAAGAGGGAAGAUUUGGAAAUGCAGAAUGAGUCAGAGGGCCAUACAGACAGAAAAAGACUCCACAGCUCUGAUAGUGAGGAGGAAGAACCAAAAAGGCAGAAAAUGGAUAGUGAUGAAGAUGAAGAGAAGGAGGGGGACGAGGAGAAAGUAGUAAAGCGGAAGGCUGCUGUGCUUUCUGAUAGUGAAGACGAAGACAAAGCAUUGGCAAAGAAGAGUCGAGUUGUCUCUGAUGCUGACGACUCUGAUAGUGAUGUUGUAUCAGACAAGUCAAGCAAAAGAGAGAAGACAGCAGCAUCUGACAGUGAAGAAGAAGUAGGAAAAGAAGAAUUGUCUGUAAAGAAGAAUGAAGAGAAGGAUCUAUUUGGGAGUGAUAGUGAAUCAGGCAACGAAGAAGAAAAUCUUAUUGCAGAUAUAUUUGGAGAAUCUGGCGAUGAAGAGGAAGAGGAAUUUACAGGUUUUAACCAAGAAGAUUUGGAGGAAGAGAAGAGCGAAACCCAGCUAAAAGAGGCAGAAGAUUCCGAUUCCGAUGAUAACAUAAAGAGAGGAAAGCAUAUGGACUUUCUGUCUGAUUUUGAGAUGAUGUUACAACGAAAAAAGAGCAUGUGCGGCAAACGCAGACGAAAUCGAGAUGGAGGCACUUUUAUUAGUGAUGCAGAUGAUGUUGUGAGCGCCAUGAUUGUAAAGAUGAAUGAAGCUGCUGAGGAAGACAGGCAAUUGAAUAAUCAAAAAAAGCCAGCACUGAAAAAAUUGACCUUAUUGCCUACUGUGGUUAUGCACCUUAAAAAGCAGGACCUUAAAGAAACAUUUAUUGACAGUGGUGUGAUGUCUGCCAUCAAAGAAUGGCUCUCACCUCUACCAGAUAGGAGUCUGCCUGCACUGAAGAUUCGGGAGGAAUUGUUGAAGAUUCUGCAAGAGCUACCUAGUGUGAGCCAGGAGACCCUGAAGCAUAGUGGGAUUGGACGAGCAGUGAUGUAUCUGUAUAAACACCCCAAGGAAUCAAGGUCCAACAAGGAUAUGGCAGGGAAAUUAAUCAAUGAGUGGUCUCGGCCCAUAUUUGGUCUUACUUCAAACUAUAAAGGAAUGACAAGAGAAGAAAGGGAGCAGAGAGAUCUAGAACAAAUGCCUCAACGACGAAGAAUGAGCAGCACUGGUGGUCAGACACCACGAAGAGACUUGGAGAAGGUGCUGACAGGAGAGGAAAAGGCUCUUAGACCUGGAGAUCCUGGCUUCUGUGCCCGUGCUAGAGUCCCAAUGCCAUCAAACAAGGACUAUGUCGUCAGGCCCAAGUGGAAUGUAGAAAUGGAGUCGUCUAGGUUUCAGGCAACCUCCAAGAAAGGUAUCAGUCGACUGGAUAAACAGAUGAGAAAGUUCACAGAUAUCAGGAAAAAAAGCAGAUCUGCACAUGCAGUGAAAAUCAGCAUCGAGGGCAAUAAAAUGCCAUUGUGACCUUGCCUGGGACAUGUCCCCAUCUCUAAAAAUGCACAAUGGACUAUCUUGAGAAAGAAGAUACUUAUAAAUGUUUAGUGUGUCUAAAUGGUUCCACUUGUAUCACCUGUUGUCGCAGGACGAACAUUUCUCUCCAUUGUAUUUAAGACCAGUUGUCUGCUUUGUACAGAAGAGUACUCCUCCUUCUAUAAACUGUACGUAAUAAAAUUUCAUUCUGGUUUUGG